UCAGCUUACAGGACAGAUUGCAGAAAACCUUGGGGAAGAAGAGCAGUUGGUCCAAGGCUUAUGUGCCCUUCUGUUUGGUAUUUCAAUUUACUUCAAUGAUAACUCACUUGAGAACUAUGUGAAGGAGAAACUAAAACAACUAAUAGAGAAGAGGAUUGGCACAGAGAAUUUCAUAGAGAAACUAGGAUUUAUUAGCAAACAUGAACUGUACUCCAGAGCAUCACAGAAACCCCAGCCAAACUUUCCCAGUCCAGAAUACAUGAUAUUCGAUCAUGAAUUCACAAAGCUGGUACAAGAACUUGAAGGUGUUAUAACUAAGGCUAUUUAUAAGUCCAGUGAAGAAGACAAAAAGGAAGAGGAGGUAAAGAAAACAUUAGAGCAGCAUGACAACAUCGUGACUCACUAUAAAAAUAUGAUUCGAGAACAAGAUCUGCAACUAGAAGAUUUAAAACAGCGGGUUUCUACAUUAAAAUGUCAAAAUGAACAGCUCCAGACAGCAGUCACACAGCAAGUAUCUCAAAUUCAGCAGCACAAAGAUCAAUAUAAUCUUCUUAAAAUACAGUUAGGAAAAGACAAUCAUCACCAAGGUUCUUACAAUGAUGGAGCUCAGAUGAAUGGCAUUCAGCCAGAAGAAAUUAGUAGGUUGCAAGAAGAAAUAGAAGAAUUAAAAAGUAACCAGGAACUUUUGCAAAGCCAGUUGGCUGAAAAGGACUCUUUGAUUGAAAAUUUGGUAAGUAGAUGUUAAAUUUAAAUAAAAGAUCAAGAAUGAUUCU